CGCGCUUCAGCGCCUUGCAAAACCUUCACACUUUGAUUCAGUUUCUCAAACCCAUUGCUUCAAAGAGGUCCACAACGCAUUUCCAAAACCAAUCUGAGUCCCCAAAACCCUCACAUUCAGAGCUUCAGUUUCACUGAAAACCACAAUGUCAGCGUCCAAAGCAAAAAGCACCAGGAAGCACCAAAGAUCCGAUUCCGAGUUCGCCGUAUCGGAUAAGCGGAACCGAGUCGAGGACGAUUUCGAUCUCGACCUUUCAAAUGAUAUCAAAGGCAUUAUGUCGGCGCUGCAUCAGAUCAGAGAGAAGGCUCAGAAGGACGGCCAGAAGAAGAAUGAAGAGACUAUUUCUAGUGUGGCCGCUGAUAUCAAGUCAAUGAUUGAUGAGUUGAAGUCAAAAUUUGAAAAGGAUAGACAAAUUUUUGCCAAAGCACUUUCAAAGAGCUCAAAAGAGUGUGAAAAUAGCUUGAAGAAUGAGACAGCCAGGUUCCAAGCACUGUAUGAGAAAUUUUGCAAGGAGAAAGCUUCUCAUCUGCAGGCCUUAAAAGAUACUAUUUCAAAAUUUGAAGAAGAAAAAGAAAAACUAUUCACACGAUAUGAACAACUGAGGAAGAGAGAAAGGAGCAUGAUAACUGAACAAGAGAAAGCUUGUGGUGAUAAAAUUGCUCAAUUGGAGGAGUCAUUGAAAAAGAAGAAGCAGGAUGAUAAAACUUUCAGCAUUCUGAGGAAGACUCUAGGCUCAUUUCUGGGGAAUGCCUCAGAUGAGGAUUUCCCACCUGACGAUUGAAGAUUGCUUCAAUAGGCAGCUGCAAGGUCUUUCGCCUAUGUCAGAAAUGGGCAAAUUAUGAUUUCCUGUCUCUAAGAUGAUCCUUUUAAGUCCUACGCUUUCCACUUCCAUGCAUGAAUUAAACGCAAACUCUAAAAAGUCCUAUUGUUUGGUUAGUUGCUUUGAUGGUUAUGUACAUUCCCCCUCAAAUUCUCAAAUCCUACCAAUUUGGUUUUGUUAAUUCUGUUAACACUUCUAAUAUCAAUUUAGUAUAUAAUUCUUUUAUACCUGAAAGAUUGUUUGCUAUUAAUUUUAUCAAGGUAGUCAAGCUGCUAUGGUCACUGCCAAACUUUAUUUUCCCUUUUUUGCUGUGAUUGUACUGGUGCACUGUUUUUAUUUUACAGGCACCCCUCUUCAAUGGGUGCACAGCAAUGAAUCUAGUAUCACAUCACACAUUAAUUCCUUGGUUUCCUUUCUCUCAUCUCUUCAACUUCCUCUCCUACAUUAAUAUAAUUUAUAACUUUUUAGCUUCCGCACUUUUGGUGGUUUGGCUUAUAUUGCUGUCUAGACAACAUUCCUUGUGCA